AAUGAUUAAAUAAAAUUAAUUACUAAAGGAAUAGGAUAAAAGAUAGAUAGUACUCACACAAUAAUAAACACAUGAAUUAUUUGAAGGACCAGAUUAUAGAAUAGCCGAUAAAUAUUCAACUAUUUAUAAGAGUAUUUUGAUGAGUAUGUUUUAUAUUUGCAUUUUCCCUUAUGGAAUGAUGAUGUAGGUUUUGUCUUUAUUUUUGGGCAUGCAAAUUAUUAAGAAGAUGUUCUUAUCCUCCAACUAUAAAUAGAAAUUUAAAAGAUUCUACUCUCAAAUUAUUAGGGAUUUCUCCAAUAUUGAUAUCAGCUGGAUCAGCAUGUUAUUAGUUUGUUCUAAUUAAUACAAAUAGUAAUAUGAUUCUGCAUAUAAUUAAUAUGAUAUUAUCUUGCUUUUGUGCUGGAGCAUAUUUUUAUUAAAAUUUUAGUCUAAAAUUACUUAAACAGAUGCUGCCAUUUGUUUAAUCUACUAUGAAUUAGAAAAACAAAUUUUCAACAGAUUAUGA